ACCUUCGCUCAGCACAUCCCCAGGAGCCUGCUGCCGGUUCGGGACGGGACGGGGGGAGAGCGUCCCCAGGGGCCCGCAGCGCGCGCCGAGGGAACGUCCCGCGGAGUCCGCAGCCUACGUCCACUCCCGCGGACGCGGAGAAAACGCCCCCGGGUGGCCGCAGUGCGCGCGGAGAGAACGUUCCCGGAGUCCCGCAGCGCUCAGGGGAAGGACGCCCCCGGAUCCCUGCAGCCUGCGUGCGUCCCCUGCGCGCGCGGAGAGAACGACUCCGGGGUCUGUAGCGCGCGCUCCUGCGCGGGACGGGACCCCGGCGAGCCGCGUGCAGCGAUGGAGCCAGCCGUGUCCCUGGCGGUGUGCGCACUGCUCUUCUUGCUCUGGAUCCGGGUGAAGGGGCUGGAGUUCGUCAUCAUCCAUCAGCGCUGGGUGUUCGUGUGCCUCUUCCUCCUGCCGCUGUCCUUCAUCUUCGACAUCUACUACUACCUGCGCGCCUGGGUGGUGUUCAGGCUGAACAGCGCGCCGCGGCAGCACCAGCAGCGGGUUCGGGACAUUCAGAAGCAGGUGCGGGAAUGGAAGGAAGAAGGAAGCAAGACCUUCAUGUGCACGGGCCGGCCAGGGUGGCUCACGGUGUCGCUGCGAGUGGGGAAGUACAAGAAAACUCACAAGAACAUCAUGAUCAACCUGAUGGACAUCCUGGAAGUGGACACCAAGCGGCAGAUUGUCUUGGUGGAACCUUUGGUCACCAUGGGGCAGGUGACGGCUCUGCUGAAUUCUGUUGGCUGGACUCUGCCGGUUCUCCCUGAGCUGGAUGACCUCACAGUAGGAGGCCUGAUCAUGGGCACCGGCAUUGAGUCCUCGUCCCACAGGUUUGGGCUGUUCCAGCACAUCUGCACAGCCUACGAGCUGAUCCUGUCUGACGGGAGCUUCGUGCGGUGUUCACCGACGGAGAACUCGGACCUGUUCUAUGCUGUGCCCUGGUCCUGUGGCACGCUCGGCUUCCUGGUGGCUGCGGAGAUCCGGAUCAUCCCUGCCAAGAAGUACGUGAAGCUGCGGCUGGAGCCCGUGCGUGGCCUGAAGGAGAUCUGCGCCAAGUUUGCUGAGGAGUCCCAGCGCAAGGAGAACCAUUUUGUGGAAGGUCUGCUGUACUCCCUGGAGGAGGCAGUCAUCAUGACGGGAGUCAUGACGGAUGAUGUAGAACCGAGCAAGCUGAACAGGAUUGGUAACUACUACAAGCCCUGGUUCUUCAAGCACGUGGAGGAGUACCUGAAGAAGGACCAGAAGGGGUUGGAGUACAUCCCCUUGCGACACUAUUACCACCGUCACACUCGCAGCAUCUUCUGGGAGCUCCAGGACAUCAUCCCCUUCGGCAAUAAUCCCAUCUUUCGCUACCUCUUUGGCUGGCUGGUGCCUCCCAAGAUCUCCCUGCUGAAGCUGACUCAAGGGGAGACCCUGCGAAAACUGUAUGAACAGCACCACGUGGUGCAGGACAUGCUGGUCCCCAUGAAGGUGAUGGAGAGGGCCAUCCAGACCUUCCACAAUGACCUCCACGUCUAUCCCAUCUGGCUGUGCCCAUUCAUCUUGCCCAGCCAACCAGGCAUGGUUCACCCCAAGGGCGAUGAGACAGAGCUCUACGUGGACAUUGGGGCCUAUGGAGAGCCACAGGUGAAGCACUUUGAAGCCAGGUCUUGUAUGAGGCAGAUGGAGAAGUUUGUCCGGAGUGUGCAUGGGUUCCAGAUGCUGUAUGCAGACUGCUACAUGAACCGGGAGGAGUUCUGGGAGAUGUUUGAUGGCUCUUUGUACCACAAGCUCCGGAAGGAGCUGAACUGCCAGGACGCCUUCCCCGAAGUGUUUGACAAGAUCUGUAAGGCCGCCCGGCACUGAGCCUCCCCCUCCCCAGCCCCAGCCUCAGCCACUCCGCCUUCUUUGAAAUAGCCUUUCUCUUAUAAUGAAAAGGCUCCGCCUUUUCCUCUCAGUCCCCUGCCCUCAGACAUGGAAAGUCCCCAAAGCCAGAGUUCCCUGGAAGCAGUUUGGAUUGCUCCCUCAGGAGCCACCCCUGCCUGUGCCGGUGGCAUUUCCAGGGCGAGGGAGGAGCUCCUUCGCUGUGCAGUCGGGGCUCCGCCGAAGUCAGUAUUCCUCAGCUAGCUUCCUCCCGCCAGCUUUCCAAGCCCUCUCUCACCCAGGCAGCAUCGAAUGAAUGACCCGCUAGUCUCCAGUCCAAACAGAUCCCUCCACAGCCGCUGCAGCUGUGCCCGGCCCUGUUAGGGUGGAGCCAGCCAUCAGUGCCUUGCACGCAGUGGGCACUUCUGAAUCUCCCCGGGCUCUGGCUCUGGCUCAAGGGACUCGGGAGCCGUUUCCCUCAGGGCAUGGGAGGCUCCAAAGGCAGCCUGGUGGCGAGUACUCCUCCCCAAAGCCUCCAGGGCCCCAGCCUCGCUUGUGGAGUCAAGAAGACAGCCUGGGGGCCUGAGCGACCACAACACCCCGCAUUGGGCUUGGGUGAGAUGCAGUGGUGCAACCCAGCAUGAGAUCGACUGACAGUAUUAUCUCCACCCUUAAGUUGUCCCUCCCUUUGUCCACCUCUCAAAAACGGCCGACCACGACGACGGUUCAUUUCAGUGCCUUACAAAAAUCCUGAGCCUGCAAGAGCUUGGAAUGGUUCCUGCCUCCCCUUCCCUGAGGAGAGGACCCCUCCCCAAAGGUACCCGCCCCGUUGUUCUGAUUGGUCACUUCGUCCUUACUUAUGCAAAUCUCAUUUUGGGGGCUUCCUGGUAUGAGUAGACUCCAGACUGGAGAAGGCUAUAUUGGACUGCGGGAUCAGCUGGGGCCGUGCCAGCUGUGCCCAGGCCUCAGAGGACCCCCUUCAGUUGUCAGUUUCUCAGAAUUUCCUCUUCCCUAGGGUUGCGAAGGCUGCAAGAAUCACCUCAUUGUGUUUUUGGGAGACCGGCUUGUCAGGAUCCACUCACUUUUCCUUAGCUAAGUCAUCACCGAAGGGGCUUGUGGUCAAGAAGCCCAGGAAUGUUGGCCCCCUCUAGUGGUCGCAGCCAAAGGCUGUUGGCGCCCCGUCUGACUCGGCCAGCUCCGGCUGGUUUCGAUGCAUUCUGCCAUGUGUCUUAACCAUACGUGCUAUGCAUUGCUUAGGGCAUUGUUGGCGCUCCGGUGGGACCUCUGAGGACCUCCGCCUCGCAGGCUGCUCGCUCCCUGCAUGAACCCAUGGUUCUACUUGGUGUAGAGGAGAGGUUCACUGCGGGAACUGAGCCCAUCCUGGUGAGCCAGGCCUCGGCCCAUGACCAUCUGCAGCCUGCAGCAGUCCGGGAAGAGGCCUGCGGCCUGCCAGGUGCCACUGGGAAUGGAGAGUCCAUCUCAGGCGCGUUUGCCAUCUUGGAACUCUGCCCAGGUGACCGGAAGCCUCCGAGAGCCCUCAGAUUUUGAGAGUCCAUGUGGCAUCUAGAAUUGGAAAGCUUUUUGUUUCAGAGUUUACCUCAGGAUCCCUCUUUGAUUCAGUGAGACUCCUCGGAUGUCCUUGGACGAGUCACUUAGAGCAUCUUCUGUAGCAUGAGCAAGUCAGGCUUCUCCAGCACCAGUGUUCUACAAUGGAGUUUUCUCCCAGCUCUGACAUUCCUUGUUCUAAGGCCCCUCCCACCCCUGACAUUCCCUGUUCUCAGGCCCCUCCCACCUCCCAGCUCUGACAUUGCCUGUUUCAAGGCCCCUUCUGGUAUUGACACAUUCUAUGCUGUGAGGCAGAGAUAUCAGAGCUUGAGGCCAAUUAUUGCAGAACUCCUGAGUGGAGCCCAAACCAGAUUAAAAUGUAAUUGGAAAAUAUUUAACAAAAGUAAUAAAAAUACAACAAAGAUAA